UUCUUCUCCCCGAUCACUCCUCCUUCUUGAUAUAAGGUUUGUGUCCGCCCUUCCUCUCCAUUUACUAAUCGGCCAUUUCAUGUAGAAUUUGUGAAGAACCAUUUAAUGUGCCGUCCACGGACCUUUUGGAACAAAGCUUGAACAAAACCCAUCCUGUUAUUUUAUAAAAGACAAAAGUCAGAUUCUCACAAAACUCCAAUAGAUUAGGUGUUUGCGGCCGGAGUCGCUUUUUUUUUUCCAUUCGAAGUGACCGUGGUUGUUGUUCAGAGGAAAAUGAUUGAAAUUGGAAGACCGAGAAAUGGCUUUUCAGAAUCAGGAGACAAGUGGAAUAAAAAGAACCAGAAGGACCGAAGGAGUAAUGGGUCCAGAAUUCCAAGUGAAGAUGAAAUUCAUAGAGACUUUGUCAAUCUCCAGAACUCUGAUGAAUUUCUGAAGAAACUGUCCAAAAUGGUAGAGAAGUACAGAAAUAAAGAAGUAACUUUAAAAGGCACAUGGGUCAUGAGAAUUGGUGGGCUCGAGGACACUGUCCUUUGGGGAAGAGAAGAGAUGAUUGAAGCCUGGGAGGAGCUCUACCUGCCCGAGAGCGAGAAGAUGGUUGUGUUUGGUGCCAUUGACAAUGUCCCCUGCUUGGCCAUGGGGCAGCAGCUCAUCCUGAUGGUAGACAGCAAGGGCAAUGUCUACGCCUAUGAAAAUGAGGUGCUGCACCAUGUGACGCGCAGCUUAGAGGACUUCUUCGAAGAUGGGUUCUCUUUACCUUGGAUCAAAAGCUAUGAAAAGGGAAGCUACUGUGAACCACUGACUGAAGAAGAAUACCUGGAAUUCCAGCAACGUGAAGAAAUUCAAGAGAUCAAGAGACGGACGCAGGAAUAUGUCGAAAGUAAAAAGGAGGAGUUUGAGGAGAUGGCCGCCUUCUUUGACAGAAUGUUGGAGAAGACGGGGAAGCUAAAUUAAGCCAUUGGGCAGGCAAGCUGGCUUGUUGGCUUAAAUGGUGACUGUGGUCCUAAGCAAGAUCCAAAACAGACUUGACUCGACGUAGGUCAGAAAGUAGCACUGAGAGGAGAAAACCGUUCCUGACCUCCUGAGCCUUGAUGAUAUGUGGGGCAGGUGGAGCCCAAUCGUUCUGGCAGGACCAGGAUUCCCUAAGAAGGGAAGCAGGGUGGGGUAUGGGGUGGUUUUAAAUUUGCUGGGGAUGUCCUGGCUUUGACACACUGCACAACAAUGCAGUGGCUUCCCAGCCAGCCGUGAUCUCGGAGAGCUGUCACUCAUAGUGAGAUGGUCGAGCUCAUUCGCCUGCUGCCUUGGAUUUGGAGAGAGAAUGAAAGGCAGGUAAGAUGUGCAUCAGGUGUUACGCAGGAAGCAUGUGUUCAGUGUCUUAGGAGUGAGCCAAACCAGUGCCGUGACCUAGACAUGACCCUCAUGCUCAUAGUAUAGAUCAGCGACUCAGUGCUGAAAAGAGUGGUUGGUGUCAUACUUUACAAUGAGGUGCAUUGCACCUUUAUCUGUAAAUAAAAUAUUUUCUUAAAUAAAAUGUGUCAAAAACCA